AUGUUUUCUCGACAAAAAGGCAGUCAUAUGGCUGGUAAAGAUUAUUCUAGUAAUGCUAAAUUAAAAAAGAAAAAUUCAAACAAUAAAAUUUCAACUUGUUAUGGUGAUGAAAAAAAAGAUACAGUAGAGAAUUUAGAAGUAAAACAAACAAAUAACUACAAUAAAGAGAGAAAUACUAAUAAUAGCUCACAUAAUGAAAUGAAUCGUAGUAAAAAGAAUACACUAAAACAAUAUUAUCAUAAUAUAAGUAUGGGACGUAAUGAAAAUACUAAAGAUAAGGGUGAAUAUAGAAAGAAGAUUUAUCAAAACGAUUCUAGUAAUCAAGAUCAUUCAAGUCAUAUUGGGAGAUCAAAUAAUAUUGAUCAGAAACAGAAAACAUAUAGUACCCAUCAAUAUUCAAGGAACAAAAAUCAAAUAAAUGGUAAUAACCAAUGGAAUUACGCGAAUAAUGGAGAUAUUAUACAUAAUAAAAAUAAUAAAUUGAAUUCAGAUUUUAGUGGAAAGUCUCUAUUAUGUGGAACAACUGUAGAUGAACAACAUAAUAGAAAUGAAAAUGAGAAUAUGUCAAAGCCUUCUAUAAAAGAAUCAUCUAUAAGUAAAUAUGCACUUGGUCAUAUAUAUGCCUCAAAAAAUAAAGUAUAUAACAAUAAAUCCCAACACAAGUUUGUGAAAUUCUCCGAUGUAUUUGGAGUUUUAGAAUGGAUGCACCAAAGGCAAUUAGUAGCUAUUAAGUGGAUAUCAGAGAAUAGCAAUAAUAGAUUUUAUGCAGAGGAUUAUCUUAAGGAAAUAUGUGAAACUAAAAAUAACCAAAAUCACUUACAAACUAGGAACAAUGAUAUAGAUGGUGCUAAUAAUCAAAUUUACAUGAAUAAAGAAAUAAAUGAGACAACUGAUGAGAGAUCAUCAUCAAAAAUAUCUCUUGAAAACUUGAAUUUAUCAACUAUAAACUCUCCUAGGCACUUUACUGAAUUUGAAACUUCAGAAAAGGCCCUAUCUAAUAGUACUUCAUCACAUUUCACUGAUCCAGAUCAAAGUACUACUAACUCUCAAACUAAAACUAUGAAUUCUUUUAUUUAUUCGUCAUACAAUACAAAGAUUAGUAGUGAUCAACAUAGACAAGGUAAAGGCUACAAGAUAUAUAAGCACUUUCACUCUAAAAAACACUCUCUUGAUGAAGAGAAUAAUCGUACAGUUACUAGGCGUUGA